ACACACCACACAUUCCUCCACUCUCACUACACUCUUCUCCCCACACUUUUCCAAACCCUAGCACGCAAACCCUCUCUCUCUCUAGAAGAUGUCUAGCGCCGAACCCGAGCACCGGGAAGACGAGGAGGCACCCGCCGCCGGCGAUGACGAGGAUACCGGAGCACAGGUCGCUCCGAUCGUCCAACUCGAGGAGGUCGCCGUCACCACCGGCGAAGAGGACGAAGAUUCAAUCAUAGAUCUCAAGGCGAAGCUGUACCGGUUCGACAAGGACGGGAACCAGUGGAAGGAGAGAGGCACCGGUACGGUGAAGUUCCUGAAGCAUAAGGCUACUGGCAAGGUUAGGCUUGUGAUGAGGCAGUCCAAAACGCUCAAGAUCUGCGCUAAUCAUCUGAUUAGUCCUACUAUGUCUGUGCAAGAGCAUGCUGGGAAUGAGAAGUCUUGCGUUUGGCAUGCUAGGGACUUUGCUGAUGGUGAACUCAAGGAUGAGCUUUUCUGCAUUCGUUUUCCUUCUAUUGAAAAUUGCAAAAGCUUCAUGGAAACAUUUCAAGAAGUUGCUGAGUCCCAAAAGACAGAAGAUAAGGAUGCAUCUGAUGCAGCCGCUGGUCUUAUUGAGAAAUUGAGCGUUGAAGAAAAGGCUGAUGCAGAGAAGAAAGAUGAAGUCAAGACUGAGAGCAAAGCUGAAGAACAAGAACCAGCAUCAGGAGAGAAAAGUAAGGCAGAUGCAGAUAAGAAAGAUGAAGAGCCUGCUUCCUCUGCUUGAUUAUUAUUCAUUCACAUUUCAUACUACUUGGCAAUCUGACAAGGUUAGGUGGUCGAUGUUUUUCUGCCCAUAUUUGGGAUACCCUCUUACUUAAAUAGUCGUCAGAUUGUGUCACUGCCUUGGAUUUGAGCUAUCUGUGUCCUCGAGUAUUUGUCAACAAGCGACAUUAGGGUUGGGUUUGAAUUUUGAGGCUUGACUGGUUGAGCUUUCGGGGCUCUGGGAGUUUUAUUAUUGGUAUUUUCCUUCUACAUAUGUAUUUGUUGCGAGUCUGAGUCAUGUUGGUUGGGAGUGGUGCAGUCGAAAAAUGCUUAAAUUAAAGCUAUAAACAAAGGUUUUUGGAUACAA